AUGGAUGCACGCUAUUGGUUCGUUCUGUCCGCGUCUCUCUCCCAGCUGCAACACCACCCUGGUUGGCUGGUCGUCUCGUCCAACCUCUUCCAGCCAAUCACAUCGCUUCUCUCCGCACUAGCUCCAGACAAUGCCCUUCACAGAGUUAUGAAUGUAUCAGUACCAGCAGCACCAACGCCGGCAGCACCGGCAGCAGCAGCAGCAGCAGCAGCAGCAGGAGCAGGGGAGGUGCCAUCUAUAGGACGGAGCCUUCACGCCCUGCUCACUGUUCUCUUGAUGCCGAGCCUGACAGGCAGGCUCGGCGCGUCGGAUCUGAAAUCUCUGGGAGCGUCAGGCGUGGGGUUCAAAGCGUCAAGCCCAGUGGCGUUCCAUCCGAGCCUGGAGCACUGGGGCAAGAAGGUGUUUGUUGCUGUGCUCUCGCGCCUGCUGCCCCUCGUGCUGGCGCUCAGGACGCACCUCGUUCAGGGGCAGGGGCCACUGGGGAAGGGAUGUGGAGAGUUUGGGGAGGAAACGGUGGGUUUUGUCUUAUCUGCGAUGGACGUGAUUGUGAAGGAGGCGUUGUUUGGACGCGGGCAUGCAGAGGGGUAUGUGUCCCAGUGCAGUGGUGUUGCUGUUGCUAUGGCUGCUGGUGUGGGUGGUAGUAUGGGUGGUGGUAAGGUUGGGGGAACGGGUGGGCAGAGAACAGGCAACAGAGGAACACCUGAGAAAACACCUGGGGAGUCGAGACUUGGAAGGAAGGGAGGGAAUGUUGGAGGGGCAGCAGAGGGUGAGGGUGAGGGAGAUGGAGGUAUGGAAGGGCUGGGAGAGGAAGGCAGGUUCGGCAGCUACCACCGGCAGUUCCUGGCGUUUCUCGAGGCUGGGAUCAGGUCCGGAAACGUGCCGAUCCUGCACAGCCUCGGGUGGAUGUUUGGCAUUUACUCUCGGAGUGUGGUGGAGAUUGCACGAGAGAGAGUAGGCGAGGUGGGAGGGAGGGGGAAGAGGAGAAAAGCAGCAGUUCAGGGGGGGAAAGGAGGGGUGAGUGGUGAUAGGGAUGGAGGGGAGGGAGAAGGAGAGGAGAAGGCAGGGGAAAGGGGUGUGGAAGUGGGGGGAGGGAGAGGAGGAGGAGGCGGAGGAGGAGGAGGAGGGGGAGGGCAGGGAGGAGGUAUGGGAGGAGUAUUGGGUGCAGAUGAUCCGGAAGUGUCUCAGCUGUUGCAGUCGCGGUUCAAUCUUUUUGCGCAUCUGCUGGGGCCGCUGAUAGGCGAACUGCGAGGCCAAGUGGUGGCGCUCACACAGGGGGGCGCGCAGGCAGAGCAGCAGCAGCACCAGCAGCAGCACCACCACCACCACCACAAGCACCAGUGGUCCCAGCAGCACCGAAAGCAGCAGCAGCAGCACCAGGGCAAAGCAAGCCGAGGUGGUAACCAGUCGGCAGCAAGCAGUGCUGCGGAUCCUGCCAGCCUGGCAGCUGUGCUACGUGGCACAAGGGCACUGGUGGACGCUGCCAUAGAAGAGGGUAUCUACGAUGGGUUGUCAGACGUGAGCGACAGCAGCAUUGGCAGCAGCCGCGGCCACACCAGCAGCGGACGAAGCAGAGGAAGGAGGGCAGGAGUAGAAGCAGGAGCAGGGGGAGAGGGAGGGGCGACGAGACUGGGUCUGCUGUUGCACUUGGCUGGGCUGGCAGGGGAGGUGGGCAGUGCGUGGCGCAUGUGGGACAUUGUACAGAAGCCUGGGAUAGGUGCUACUGCUUCUGCUGUCGCCGGUGCUAGCGGUGAUGGUGAUGGGAGGCACGAAGGGGACGGAGCAGCAGCUCAGGUUUGGGCCGAGCUUCUCCAGCUGCUUUGGGGGCUGGUUCGGCUGGAGCCUAGGGUGGUGGUGCUCGUGGAUGGCCUGCAUGACGCCACGUGGCAGCUUGUGAUUGGGGCUUGCACUGCGUGUGAGAAGGCACGAUCAGAAGGGUUUGAUGCAGGUGGUAACAAGCGGAUGUCGGAGGAGCAGCGGGCGGCAGGGUGGGCGGCAGUGUGGGUGGCGGCAGUCAAGAUUGCCAGUCAGCUGGUGGUGGCGUGGAAAGAUAUGCGACAGCUAGUGCUGGCCAUCCGAGCCAUUCUCUCUUCCACCCUUGGCUCCAGGCGACCUCUUCUCGCGCUACCUUCUACCCUGCCCUCCCUGGUAGCAUCGGAAUCGCCUGCAGCAGUGGCAGCAUCUGCGGCGCUCCUGUCGUCGCCUGACCUCCUCUCGGUGGUCCGGGAGGCUGCUGCUGCGGUCCCUCCAGGCCAGGUGCCGAGCCUGCUGCUUAGCUUCGGGGAGGAGCAGGUUAUGCUGGUGGUUGGUUGGGAGGGUGACUCUGAGGGAGGGAGAAAGAAAGAGGAAAUGGAGGGUGUGGGAUGGGGCGAGGAGGAGAAACAGAAGGGGAGGAAGGCAAAGAAGGGGAAGGCUGACCAGGUGGUUUCUCAGGUGAAAACUCAGAUGCAGGGAGCACAGGAUAGGCUCACCUGGGCGGCUUCCAGCUUCGUUGCUACAGUGCUCCGCAGCCUGCCUGUUGCACUGGGAACCGCCAUCCAGGUGGACGGCAACGUCUGUCGUCUAGUGCAGUCCCUUGGGCGGUCUGUGGUGGGCAAGUGGGUCGCUGCUGUGCUGGCAAGAACCAAUUGGAUGGAUGGGAAUGGGAAUGGGAAGGACUCUACUGCCGACAUUGCUCUUACCCUUGUUCGCCGUGCGGCAGCAAGCAUCGGGGCAGGCCUUAAAAUGUUUCUGGCUGCCCAUGAGCUGCACCUGCGGUGUCUGUACAAUGCACCUCCCUCAGAAGAGUCCAAAAUGGGCCAUCGCUUCAGCUUCUCGUUCCCGCUCCCGCUCGAUCCUGCUGUAAGCAUGCCAGGCUUGGCAGAAACUGGCUUGGCAGAGUUAGGUUCGGCAGGGACAGGUUCGGCAGGGGAGGUUGCUGGAGCUGCUGCUUUGGAGCAGCCUGCUUCCAGAUGGCGGUUUGUGAUUGGCUGGCUGAACCGAGUGAUGAAUGGAAAGGCAGAGGAGGAACAAGAGCAGCAGCAGGAGGAAGAGGAUCAGCAAGGGGAGGAAAGCAGAGAGCUGCUUCGGCUGCGCUUCCUGACUCUCUCUGCUGCCACCACUGCCCUCUCCUCCCUCUCCCCGGUGCUGCCUCUGGGUGCGAGCAGUGCGGGUGGUAAGAGUGGCGGACUGUGGGGAGAGACGGAGGCAGCAGCAGAGGCGGGGAAGGGGAGGAAGAAGGUGAAGCGGGGAGGAGCAGAGGGAGCGCGGGGUGUGGGGGAAGAUGGAGCGUUGGGGAGUGGUGUUGGUGCGCUGGCUGCUGCUGUGGCCCAUGAGCUGUCGUUCAGGUGUGUGGGGGCGGGAGAGGGGCGGAGCCGGUGGGUGGUGAUGGGGAGAGAAACAGGCGGGAAAGGGGACGCCGGAGCGGGAAGGAAGGAGGAAAAGCACGAGGGAAGCGAUAGGUAUCCGAGCAGGAGGGGGAGGCAGUGGGACGGAACAGUGGGCAGCAUCAGCAGCGGCGGGGAUCUCAACGCGGCGUACCUCUCCCUUGCUGCUUCCUCCGCUCUCCCCCUCUGGAUCCCCGCUGCCCCUCGCCCCGCCGUGAGGGAGUUUGUGCUGCUGCUGCUCGCCCUCGCUGCUAGGGAGGUGCUUGGUGGUGCAGGAGGUGUUAAGGAGGUGGCGGGGGGUGCAGGAGGGAGGGCUGUGGCGGCUGUGGCGGCGCUACGGAAUCCUGUGUUCUUCGAGAUUGAGGUGAGUGGCGUCUGGUUUGAUGGGUCCCCUCUGUCUCCCUUGCUGCCUCCUCUGCUCUCCCUCUCUGGAUCCCCGCUGCCCCUCUGGUGGUUUGAGAGGGACGGCUGUGGCGGCUCUGGCGGCGCUGCGGAAUUCCGUGUUCUACGAGAUUGA